AUGACGCAAAACCUUCCGCUUGGUUGGGAAGAGCGCGUAUCAAAAUCAACAGGGUACACCUACUACUACAACAGGCUGGAUGGAACGAGCACAUGGAACCGUCCAACGGCAGCAUCAUGGCUCGGCGCGGGGGCAGGAGGUGGCCAGGUCGCCGCUCAUGGCAUCUUCUCCCUUGCGCGGCGCAUCCCGUCGAGCGACGCUCAACGGGACCCUGAUGCUCGGAACGUGCGACCCAGCGUCGAGAUGAGCAUCUUCGAGGAGGAGCUGGACCGGCACAUGUCCAUGAGGUCGAGCAGAAGCGGCGACGGGGAUGCUCGAGGUCAGCACGGGGUUGUGAGCGACGUGGUGCUGGAUACGAUUUCCCUCAUGCAGCGGGAGCUGAGGACGGUGAAGGAGACCGUAGCAUCGCGGAGCAGCGAAGCUCUCGACGUCCAUCCGCUGAGAGAGGAGCUGGAGCGGAUGAAGAAGGAGCUCGACGAGCGCAACGACGAGAUAGCGAGACUGAGAGAGCUGAGGAAGGACAGGGAGGACACGCUCAACGCCUACAGCAGGAUCCGAGAGCGCACGUCGAGAAGAGAUAUCGAUGAGAACCAGCCUUCUCCCUCCCUGUCCAACGUCACGUCGGUAGGCGGAGUGUUGAAACCGAUCCCAAAGUCCCCGACAGCGAGGAAGGCGAUGGGGGUACCAGUGACCUACAGCUCCAAGACUUCUCUCAUCCCCGUGGCGGACUCCUCCUCAAAGCCUUCACGACAGAAGUUCUCCUCCUCUGCCACUGCUGAGAUCAUGCAGUUCCACCAGGCGCAAGAGGACGCCAAGGAGCGAGCCAAGUCCGCUCCCCGCAUGCGCCCUUCCUCCAAUCAAGAUGUCCUGGCACUGGAAUGGGAGGACACGAGGAGCAGGCGGGACGACCGACGACGCAGCGAGGUGCCGAGGACGAUAACGAGCGGGGAGGAAGCGGGAGGAGGAAGGGAGAGGCAGAGAAGCCACUCGGUGAAGGAGGAGAGGGAAAUGUCGACCAGGAGAAUCAAAGAGAAGCUGAGAAAACUUGCAGUGCCGGAGUAUAAGAUCCGGGAGUGUGUGGAGAAGAGCGACCUGCAGGCGCUGCUGGACCACUACGAGAGCCGGCAGCAGGCCACGGACGUGGACGCGAGCAGACAGUUCAACGGGCUGGACCUGGCGGUGGUGCCGCAGGCUGAGCGGAAGCGAGUGGUUGUCGACACGACUAUGAGGCUCAAUGCUGAGACGGGGGCGCUAGUGGUGUUCGAUGAUAACGCCAGGUCGAAGAUGCGAAAGUUCCGACUAGACCGCGCGGAGUAUGCGGUGAGCCCUCCAGAGAAGAAGCAUCCUCUCAAGUAUCCUGCACCUGCGACAAUGAAGGCGAACGCGAAGAAGUUCGAGGGAGAGCUCUCUAUGAGGCUCGAGAAGGCGCUGAGGAAAGGAGACAUCACCCCCUCCAGGAAGGUCUCCGACGUCAUCCCCAGCAGAGGGUCCAGCAGGAGGAAGCCUUCCGCCUUCACUCCCAUCGGCCACACACCCCUCGACGUGAUUAAGGCGGAGGCGGAGGAGGAGCGAGGGCGGCACGUGUCGAGGAGCAGGAGGGAGAGGUCGAGCUCUGUGCCGGGCCGGGGGCGUCUGGACGGAGGAUCGCAGCCUCUCCUCCAGCUCCUCCCAGGGGUCACGUGGGCGAUCGAGGAGACGACACUCGACGUACGAGCGAGCACGCGGGAGAGCGCAGGAGCUGGUUGUGAGGUGGUGGACGGCAGGAGGAGCCCCUUCGUUUCUUCUGACUUCCCUGCAGAGAUGACGACCGCAGGUCACGAGAAAGAGCUGCAGCAAGAAGAAAGAAGGGACGGGGACGGGGACGGGGACGGGGACGGGGACGGGGACGGGGACGGGGACGGGGACGGGGACGGGGACGGGGACGGGGACGGGGACGGAGGAGGAGCGUGUGGGCAGGAAGAGGAAGGGAGGAAGGGGAGACAAGGGGACGGGAGGGAAGGGAAGGGAUUUCAUGGAGGAGAUGAGCAGGAGUGCGGAUCCGAUGGAGUUGGCGAGGAUGGAGGAUGGGAAGGGACGGAUGAGACGAUCCUCGAGACAGCGCUUGGCCCCAGCUCGAACCUUCCCGUCGGUUCGGUAAACACCGACCCUCUCGUCCUCCCAUGGCUUGACCCUCCUCGUCAGGAUUACUUUAUGGAUGACUCGAUGGGACUCAUGAGGAAGGAGCCCGUCGGUGACUUCGGCAUGCACUAUGAGGGGAACGAUAUCAGCAUCAAGAUCCACGAACGGGCGAAUGCAACCGAAGUCGGGAACUUGUUUCGUAAGCAUUUUGAGAUGAAGAGAGAAGAGGAGGCGAGGAGGUCUCGGCAGACUCGGCCCAACUUUUCCGUGAAAGUUCACAUGUGA